AGCGUCACUGCUGCGCCAUGGCGUCCCUCGUCCGCCUCGCCGUGCUGCUGCUCGCGCUCACCGCACUCUCCGAGGCCGCCCGUCGAGGACGAAAUGGCGGGCGUGGCGGGCGUGGCGGGCGCGGCGGGCCCGGAUGUGGCAAGCACGACAUGCCCCCCAGCAUGGCCAUGGACUUCGACCUGCAGGCGGCCGGCUGCCUCCCCGACGACUUCGAGCUCGAUAUGAGCGCCUGCAACGCGACGGCGCAAGCCGCCGGCACCGGCAUGAAGGGUCUGCUGGAGUGCAUGGCGGAGAGCUUUAACCUUGUGGACGACCAGGGCCUGAACGAAAGCGCCCAGGACGAGCUGCUGGCCUCGGUCUCGUCCGACAGCCAGUGGCAGGAGACGCAGCGCCAGCAUCUCCAGCUGUGCGAGAUGAUGAUGAGCCCCAACAUGACGGUGUCGCAGCAGGGCGUCUACUUUUUGGCCUGCUGGCACAGCCUCAGCGUUCUCGAGUGCAAGCGGACGAAGAUGGAGGAGCUCGGUGCGUCCGUGGACGCCGAGAACGGCGGCGAUGUGGGCCAGGCGCUCGUUUAUCUGGCCGAGGGCCACUGCUUCAAAAGUCUGUACAACGAAGACAAGAAGGAUACGUUCGUGACCUGCAUGGCGGAGACUGGUCUGGACUUCGGCGAACUAAAGGGUGGCUUCAAGUACGCUGCCGCCUACCUGUCGGCCGUCCAGAGCGGCGACAACAGCGUGGAGCCGCCGUCAGCCGAAGACGUGGCCGCUGUGGGUGAGCAGCUGGACCUGCUCUCAAAGACUUCCAACUGCUCCAUGCAGGCGCUCGGCGAAGCUGACGGCAACGAGGUCAACUUUGACGUCAUGCGCGCCAACGUGGAAGACACGGAAGGGCCGGAGUGGAUGAAGCAGGCUGCCGUGGCCAUCGUUGACGAGUGCUCCCGCCAGGAGGACACCACCGUGACCGGCGCUCUCAUCUGCUGGCACACGUCCGCCGCCUACGCCUGCAUCUCGGUCAGGUCGCACGGACUGGCCCUCAUGGAGCCGGGCCAGCGGCCGGGCCGUGGCGGCGGACGGGGGCGGGGCGCGAACCCGCACGCGCACAAGUUUCGGCAUGAUGAUGGAGUGAUGCACUCGAUGCUCAUGACAUGA